AUGACAAUGACUGCUUCAAACCCACGCGGAACGGGCAUGGUGGUCCUGAUAUGGGUUCUGACAGGCAUCUCGGCGGUCGUGGUCUCUUUGCGCGUCCUGGCCAAAACGAGGAUUCGCCAAUUCCGGUCAGACGAUGUCGUGAUGGUCUGCGCGCUGAUCCUGGGUAUCAUCGCCGGCUCCCUGAACACCACUGCAGUCAAUUACGGAUACGGCCUGCCGGACGAAAUCGUCCCCGAACCUGGCGCGACGACGGGUCGAAAAUUCUACAUCAUCGCACUGGCGUUCCUGGUCCUCUGUACAGCCCUCGGCCGCGCCGCCUUUGUGCUGUACCUCCUGGCCAUCCUGGGCGGGAAGAAAUGGCAGCGCAUCAUCCUGACGGCCCUGGCCGUGAUGGAGGUGAUCAUCAAUUCUGUGGUCGUCAUCAUGCUGUUUGCGUCUUGCACGCCCGUGUCGAUGCUUUGGGAUUACGCGGUUGAGGGGACGUGUGUGUCGGACACCAUCCAGAUCAACUUUGGCUAUUUCCAGAGCGCAUUCAACGUCUUCGUUGAUCUUUACCUGGCCGUCGUCCCGACCUAUAUCUUCUGGCACCUCAAGCUCAAACUCGGGAUCAAAAUCAGUUUGGUGGCCCUCAUGAGCUGCGGCCUGAUUGCCAUGGGCGCCGCUCUCGGCAAAACCAUCCAGCUCCCCGAGAUCCACAACGGCUCGCUAGGCGGCACGACCAACCUCCUCCGCUGGGGAUACAUCGAAGCAAACCUGGUGAUGAUCACCGCGUCGCUGCCGUGUCUCCGCUCCCUUAUUCUGUCAGGAUUCCAUUAUAUGACGAGUAGCGGACAGCGGUCUCGCUCGUACGAGCUGGGUGCAGCGUUCACGGGGUCCCGAGGGGCGACGACGUCAGUUACAGCACAGAAGAGCUCGCAUCGGAAGACUGAUUCGCGGUUGCGUGGGAUGCUGUCCACCAGGAAUCGUGGCGAUGAUGGGGCGAGCGUCGACCAUAUACUCGGUAGUCGGAAUAGCCUUGACGGGGUUGAGACGGGUGGGAGUAGUCAGGACACUGGGGCGGGAUCGGCUGGUAUUCGGAAGCAGGUCGAAGUGACUGUUGCGCAUGAUGACGGUAAUCGAAUAUAG